AUGUUUUUCAAGUCGCCCUUGUGUGUUCUCGCCGCGGCCGCGGUCUUGUGCGAGAGCGCUACCGCCGCCGCCGCCGCCACUGGCAGUGACAGAAAUAAGCAUGGCGCUUGUCGUAAGACGACCGUAGCCAUCUUGGGCGGAGGCAUGGCCGGCGUGACGGCCGCUCAAGCAUUGCACAACUCGUCCAUCUCCGACCUUGUCAUCAUCGAAUACCGGGACCAGAUCGGCGGCCGGGCACAGCACACCACGUUUGGCAAGCAGAAGGAUGGAUCGCCAUAUACGGUUGAGCUGGGUGCCAACUGGAUACAAGGACUUGGCAAGCCAGGCGGGCCGGAGAACCCUGUGUGGACCUUUUCCAAAAAGCAUAGCCUCAAGAACACCUACUCCAACUACAGCUCCAUCUUGACGUACAAUGAGACCGGGUACACCGACUACAGCCACCUCCUCGACGAGUACGAGACUGCCGCCAAUGGCAUGACCAUCGAGGCCGGGCGCCUGCUGGCCGAGAACCUGCAGGACCAGAGCGCCCGCACCGGUCUGGCCCUGGCCGGCUGGAACCCGAAGCACUCGGACAUGGCUGCCCAGGCUGUCGAGUAUUGGAGCUGGGACUGGGAGGCUGCGUUUCCUCCAGAGCAGUCGUCCAUGAUCUUUGGCGCCGCAGGCAACAAUCUCACGUUCAGCCAGUUCAGCGACGAAAACAAUCUGGUCAUCGACCCCCGUGGGUACAGCGCCAUCAUCGACGGUGAGGCGGCGACGUUCCUCGGAAAGGGCGACAAGCGCCUGAUGCUCAACACCAAGGUUGUCAAUGUCGCGCACUCGGACCACGGCGUCACGGUGCACAACGAGGACGGAAGCUGUGUGUCCGCCGCAUACGCCAUCUGCACCUUCUCUCUCGGCGUGUUGCAAAGCGAUACCGUCAAGUGGCAACCUGAGCUACCGAAGUGGAAGGAGACCUCGAUUCAAAAGUUUAGCAUGGGCACGUACACCAAAAUCUUCUACCAGUUCAACGAGACGUUCUGGCCUGGCGAUACGCAAUACUUUCUCUUCGCAUCGCCGUCGACGCGAGGCUCCUGGGCGAUCUGGCAGUCGCUCUCCACGGAGGGUUUCCUGCCAGGGUCCAACAUCAUCUUCGCGACCGUGACCAACGACGAGUCCUACCGCAUCGAGCAGCUCUCCGACGAGAGGGCCAAGCAGGAGGGUCUCGCCGUCCUGCGGCAAAUGUUCCCCGACAAGCACAUUCCAGAGCCCCUCGCCUUCAUGUUUCCGCGGUGGACCAAGACGGAGUGGUCCUACGGCAGCUACUCCAACUGGCCCGUCGGCACCACGCUCGAGAUGCACCAAAACCUGCGCGCCAACGUCGGGCGGUUGUGGUUCGCGGGCGAGGCAACGAGCGCGGAGUACUUUGGCUUCCUACACGGUGCGUGGUUCGAAGGCCGCGAGGCCGGCGAACAGGUUGCGGGACUGCUGCAGAACCGGUGCGUCAAGGUAUACAAUGACAAGGAGAUGUGCGGUGAGAGGACGCGAUACGAGGACCUGCACGGGACGUCGCCGUUGCACCACUACAACCUGCUGAACGGCUGGGCAACAAGCAGCUUUUUCGCGAGCAAGCGAAGGCGGGAUGCAUAGCUAGUCGGGAUUCGCUGACCCAGUGUAUGUUCUGAUCCGAUUCGACUUUUUAUGUUUACCGCGGUGGAGAUGCCAGGGCAAAUUGCAUCUCUGCCAGUUACUAUUGCGGUUGCACACCUCAUACUUCGCUUCGUAGCUCCGCCGGACAGUCGGCUACGGCCACUCGGCACGGCAUUGCCACGUUUUGUGGCGAUGAUGACGACCUCGAAGCGAUGCCGUUUUGACCAUUUCGGAAGGCGAUUGUGCAGUAGAUGACGGUGGGACGUUCCUAAAUAGGUUGGUUGACGCCAUAUGGCUC